AUGGAUAGUAAUGAAAUACUAUUCUGGAAAAUUAUCCAUAAUAAAUAUUUAUUUAAUUAUAUUUUAAAUUUAUUAUCAUAUGACUUUACGCAUAAAUAUGGUAAUGUAAUUUUACAUCACUCUGUAGAUUGGCUUAUAGAAAAUGGGUAUAAAAAAACCCUAAAACACAAGAUUUUAAAUAAUCAUUAUUUGGUGUUUGGUGUGGACUUUGAUUUAUUUUAUCAAGAUAAGCUUGGUAAAAUAUUCAAAUUUUUUAAUAAAGACCCUGACACCCAUGGAAACAAUAAAGAAUUUUACAAGACACUGUUAAAGAGAUGCAAUAGUCACCUGUGUAUGAAUCCAAACAGCAAGGCAAUGAUAGCAACAGCAGUAUACAAUUUGAAGGCGUUACAAGUAAUUUGCGAAUAUUAUGGAUAUGUCCCCACUAUCGAAGUCCUUUACCAGUCCAUCGAAACAAGACAUUUUAAAGUAACAAGAUGGAUUCUAGAGACCUUUUAUCAUAAAAUUAAAUCAAAUUCCACUGCUCUUACAAAUAAUAUAGAAUUGGAAGUUUGGGAAAAAUUAAAGAAUACAAUAAUCGAAAAAAUAUCUUUAUCUUAUAGAAAAUUUAAUAGAUACUAUAGAUUAAUAAUAUUUUUAGUUGAAACAUUACAUUUUGAAUCUCCAAUAGAUCAUUUAAACAAAAUAAUUUCAUCAACAUCAACAACAUCAGUACCAGUUUCAGUACCAGGUUCAGUACCAGUUUCAGUACCAAUAACAGCGACACCAUCUACUCCAUCAACUUCAUCAACAUUAAAUAUCGAACAGCAAAAUUAUUUAAAUUCAACCAAAAGAAGAUUUAACCUGUUAUAUAAUGUUUGUCCAUUCGAAUUAAAUUUUAAAAUAUCAUGGUUAUUAAAUGCAUGCCUUUCAAUUGUUUCUUUAAAUCUCAUAUAUAAUCACGAUUUUAGUGAUAAUUCUAAUAAUAGCUCGCAGGGUUGUAUGAAUUGUAAUAAUUGUAUCAGUUCAGAAAACUCAAGUGAUGGUUUAAACAAUGACAAUAAUCAAAAUACUACUUCUAACGAUAGUGCAACUUCAAAGUCUCGAUUAACUUUUAUAUUAACAAAAAAAGAAUUAGAAAGCAUGAAGUUUACAAAAGAAGAAUUAAAAUCAAGAAUUUUAGAAAUUGAUGAAAAUCAUCAAAAUGCUAAAAAAUUAGUUCAAAUGUAUUUGGCAACAAAGGAGAAAAGAAAUAAUACCAAAUGUUCAAUGUACUGGUUAAAGUAUGGAAAUGAUAACUUUCAAAAUAUUGAUCAAAUUAAUAGUUUUUGGAGUGCUGAUACAAAUGCAUUUAAAUAUGGUAGUCAUAUAUUAUUAAGAAAAUGGUUCCAUAGUCAAAACAGCAUUCCACAGCCAUUCUUAGAUCUGUUGGCAAAGGUUAAUCAAGUAGUAGAGCAGCAAUCAAUUGAUAACCAAAGAAUCAAUUUAUUAUUUGAACAUUGUCAAGAUAGAAAUCGUCAAAUCGAAUUUAUUAAACAAAUUUCAAAUGAUAUUAAUGAUGAAUCUUGUUCCAUUACCCAUAAGCUCCAUCCAUUAUUCUUCCUAAGUCUAGUAGUAUCAUAUGACGAUUUAGAAUUGGUAAAAUUAGCAUUUAAUUUAUUAAAGAAAUCAUUUAAAAGAUUAAAUAGAAACAAUCAACAAAAGCAAGAUCAAGAUCAAGAAGAAACCUCAAGUGAACAUCCUAAAAAGAAACAAAAAAUUGAUAAUGACAACAACAACAACAAUAAUAAUAAUAGUUAUUUUGAAUGCUUUAUAAAUUUAUCAGAAUAUAAAGAUAAAGAAUUAAAUAUAUUUUAUACGCAAUAUUUUAAUGAAAGUAAAUUAUCAAAUAUUUAUCAAUAUGUUCAAAGUUUACCAGUAUUAGAGUUUAUAUGUCAAUAUUUUGAUUGUACAAUUAAUUGCGAAUUAAAAUCAUGGUUUUUAAAGGGAAGAAUCGAUUUAUUAGAAAGAUAUGAAAAAAUAGUCCAAAGUAAAACAAGUAACAAAAUACCAUUUCCUAUAAUGUAUAUCUCUUGGCAGCUAGAUGAUCAAAGGUUCAGUCAAUAUCUCGAGUGUACGAGAUACGUAGUAUCAAAACAAGAUAGAUAUAAUUUAGUACCUGGGUCCCUAUCAUUUAUAAAUAACUUUGAAAAGAAAAUGACACCAAAAGACAUUGAAAAUUUAAAAUAUAUUAUCGAAAACUAUCAAGAUUUAGUGUACUAUCCAUUCGAUUCGUCUCACAACCACUGUAGAAACAAUUUAACUGAAGCUCAUAUCGAAUUUUUUAAAUGGGUAUUAGAAACAAGGCAUCAAGAUUUUAGUAGCGGUCGUUGCCAUUUAUCAUUUCAAGAGUACAAAUUACUAUUAUAUUAUACAGGAAAUCAUAAUCAGUUAUUUUCAGAAUUUGGCAAUAAUCAAUUAAUCCAUCCCAGUCAAUUCUCAUCACCACCUUCACAGGAAUCAAAGAGUAUAUCAAUCGUUGACUUCUUUUAUGAAUCUGAUAUUUGGUUACAAAAAGUAGGUGAAAAUGGAAAUAUUGAUAUUAUUGAAAAAAUUAUUCAAACCUUUUUUUUAAAAGAGACUGUCGAAUCAAAGUUUUACUUAUUAGUUUUACAGAGUAUUAUAAACACAUCUUUAGAUUUUGGUCACACUAAAGUAUUUAAUUAUUUAUAUAAAAAUUAUCCUCAAUUUCUGCCAUUUAAUUAUGGUUUUAAUCAAAAUCAAAAAUAUUCAGUUUUAAAUAAUAAUAUUUAUAAUCAAUUAAAUAAUAAUAAUAUUAAUAAUAAUAAUAUUAAUAAUAAUAAUAAUAAUAAUAAUAAUCUACAAGAAAUGUUGAAUGAUUCAUUUCAAAGCCAACAGUUUCAGUUACAGUUUCAACCCCAACAACUAACUCCGCAAUUACAACAUAAAUUUUUCAAUGACCAAUUAUUUAAUAAAUAA